AUGGCUGAUUGGGACGUGUCGCUGGUGACGGACAUGAACGACUUGUUCAAUUACAAAGAAUCCUUCAACGCGGACAUAUCGCGGUGGGACGUCAGCUCGGUCACGAGCAUGUACUUGAUGUUUUAUUAUGCCGCCGCGUUCAACGCGGACAUCUCGCGGUGGGACGUCAGCUCGGUCACGAACAUGCGUGCUAUGUUUUAUCAAGCCUACGCGUUCAACGCGGAUAUAUCGCUGUGGGACGUCAGCUCGGUCACGAACAUGAAUGAGAUGUUUGUUAACGCCGCCGCGUUCAACGCGGACAUAACGCGGUGGGAUACCAGCUCGGCAACGAACAUGGUGGGUAUCUACCUGUUCCAGGAUAUGACCGGUUUCAACGUGGACAUCAGCCGGUGGGCCGUGUCGCAGGUCACGGACGCGCGGGGCAUGUUCCAGGGCGCGUCGAGCUUCUACCAGGAUCUCGCGGGAUGGACGUUCGCGCAGGGCGCCGAGACGACGGGGAUGUUCUCGGGCGCUGACGCCUGGCUGUCCCGGAUGACCGAUUGGGACGUGUCGCUGGUGACGGACAUGCUAUCUUUGUUCAAUGGCAAGUCUCAAUUCAACGCGGACAUAUCGCGGUGGGACGUCAGCUCGGUCACGAACAUGCAGAGUAUGUUUUAUGGUGCCAACGCGUUCGACGCGGACAUAUCGCGGUGGGACGUCAGCUCGGUCACGAGCAUGAAGUCCAUGUUUUUUAGGGCCAACGCGUUCAACGCGGACAUAUCGCGGUGGGACGUCAGCUCGGUCACGAACAUGGAACGGAUGUUUUAUCAAGCCUACGCGUUCGACGCGGACAUAACGCGGUGGGAUACCAGCAUGGUGACGGAUAUGAACAGCCUGUUCCGCGACAAAGGAUCCUUCAACGCGGACAUAUCGCGGUGGGACGUGUCUCUUGUGAUGGACAUGCUGAUGAUGUUUUACGGCGCCAGCCAGUUCAACGCGGACAUAUCGGGUUGGGACGUCAGCUCGGUCACAAACAUGCGUACUAUGUUUCAAAACGCCGCCGCGUUCAACGCGGACAUCUCGCGGUGGGACGUCAGCUCGGUUACGAACAUGUAUUAUAUGUUUUAUCAAGCCGGCCAGUUCGACGCGGACAUAUCGCGGUGGGACGUCAGCUCGGUCACGAACAUGGAAGGUAUGUUUCAGUGGGCCCCAGUUUUCAACGCGGACAUAUCGCGGUGGGACGUCAGCUCGGUCACGAAC